AUGGUCUUGACGCCAGAGAAGACACGGCGUCCGGACAAGUGGGACAACUUUGAUGCACACCUCAACCGCUUUGACCACAUGAUCCGGCAACAAGAUCAACCAGCUGCACCAGAACAAUCCAAUCCCUCGACACCGAGAAGGAAUUCUGGGCAAUCCCAUCCUGCGACCCCGAUUAGCAAUUGCCAAGAACCGGCAGUUUCAGGACGGGGAAACAUGUUCAGCAUUGAAGACGUGAAAACACUUUUGCAGGCCGCAAUGCUAUGCUUCCCAAAUGAAUUUCAUAGACCCAUACAACGUCAUGCCCAGAACGUCUUGAAGUGUGGCACCUACGUGGAACUAGUCGAUGUCCUUUUGUGGUGCCAGCGGCUUGCUGUGAAGCCUGUCUUUUUAUUGAACACAGAGGCUGACAUACAGGAUGCCGAGCCAGCGGAUGAGUAUGUAUCGAAAGUUUUGGGCCCAGACUGUCCUGCCAGUGCACAUUGGUGGGAUGACUCCUGUGCCACAUUUGCUUUUGCUCUGACGCGCAGAGACUUUCGAGCAUCAGAUGACCCUUGUGCUUGGAACCACUGGGUCGCAUGUUUGCCCAGUAGUGAGUUGAAGUUGGCAGAUCGUAUCUUGCUACUGCAAGGAGAAGGUGAGAGACUGUCUCGUUUCUACCUGGAGCAAGUGCAACACACUGAGGAUGAAACAGUGGUCGAAAGCUUGUUGACUGAAAAAGAGCAUGCCACUGACCGAUUGAACAACCUCCAGAAGUUCACCAGAAGAGUGCACUCUUCCUCCGGCUUGUUUCCUUGUGAUGUUGGUGCAGACGGAAAUUGUGGCUUGUGGGCCUUCAUGUCUCUUAUGUGUCAAGCCCGCAUGGAACAAUUGCUCAAAUCUCCAAGUGCUCCUGAUGCUACUGAGUCAGACAUGAAUGAGAUGAAAUCCUUGAGGCAACAGUUGAGCUUUGCAUGGCUUUCGGUGGCAUCAGACGAAUCUUGGGGAAAGCUGUAUGGUUUGAUGGCCAGCGAUGUAGCCAACCCAGGUGUUCGAGCAGAAGGUGUUGACAAACCUGACAAGGAUGAUCUUGUGGAAAAAAUGGAAAUGACGCCUGAGAGAAAACAACGCCUGGAGUCUGUCUACAAAAAUUUCACACCACCCAGAGUGCCAAAGCCUUCCCACGCACGACCUGGUGCAGGCCUGGUGCGACCGAGACUUGCUGAUGGUCCUGCCCUUCCUCUGAGCAAAACCUUGCCUACUUCAGCGAGCAUUCAGACAGAGGUGAAGGAUGUGAAGGUGAAGCUGGAACCUGGUGUGUCAGCGCCAAAGCAGGGGAUUCUGGCUGGUGCAAUCGACCCCAUCCAGCACGGGCUUGCAUUUAUGCAGCAGCCAGGUGUGAAAGUGAAGGAGGAGAUUUCCGAAGAUGGCAAAACCAAGACCAAGAAGAGCAAGCGAAAACAGACUUCAAGAGAGGAUCUCAGUGUGCGCAUUGAGAAGAAGAACAAAGCUUGGAGAUUGAAUGCUGCUCGGAGCCACUGUGCUGAAUUACGUGUGCACUCUGCAGCCUUCCUGAGUGCGCAUUCCAAAAACAAGGUGCUGCGAGGAGCGCCAGACUGCAAGAAUGGAGGCUGGCACAAGCUGCUAUGGAAACUGCUAGAUGGAGAAGUUCCCGUUGAUUGUGCUCAGUGCCGCAAACUCUUGGAGAAAGCGGACUUCAAGAUGGAAGAUUUCCAGCGAGAUGUGAACCCUGCCACAACGACUCUUUUCAAGGAGGACAAAGCUGAUCAGGAGGUACAAGUGGUGGAGUCACAAGACCAACACCGUGCAGAAGAUGCAGACCAAGAUGAUGAGACUGAGGGUAAUGAGGGGUCAGUACUGGACCAGGUCCGGGCAAACCCGCACCUGGAGUUGCUCCCCGAAAACAGCCACAAAAGAAGAUUUCCGGUCAAAUGCAACCUUUGCUUUCGAAAGCACAGCAGGGCGCAUGCUAUUUUCGACUUGGUCAAUCUGAAGAAGGCCAAGAUGUUGCGACAGCAUCUGAAAACGCACACUCAUCGUGCAAAGUUGGCUGAAUGGCAGGCAAACCAGGUCCCGGUCGACUUGACUGCCGGAGCAUCAGGAACUCCUGGUUUCGUGCCGUGUGAAGGUCUAUCCCUUCCUCAUUGCGAAGGCAGCAAGUUGUACGAAAUGCAGAAUGCCUACAAGCUUUGGGCUGCGUACAACUCCAGCAGGGGCAUCCAGUCCGCCUGGAAGGAUAAGCAGGAAGAGUUUGGUCACACCUACACCUAUGACAUCAGGACCGACAGUCAUGCCAUCAGGCACCAGUCCUGUGCACAACCUCUUCUACCGUUUUCUCCGAAGUCCCGCCCAGUGUGUGCCAAAUGCAGCUCGCUCUCGAACGACAGAAGUGUACUCCGCAUGGUUGCUCGCUUCUACUUGAAACAUGCAGCAACGCGCCUCUUGUCUGCCAAGCUAUUCCAGACUGAUGAGACCCAGUCGGUUGUGGAUGAGAUCAGAGCGAGCCCAGUUUGCAAGUAUGGCUUUGGUGAUGAAGCAGAAGGAAUCAUCGCUGCAGACACCAACCGAUUGCAAAGGUUUGUCAAGACCCAGUUCCUUUGCAUACCUGCGCGGCACAGGAGUUGCCAACUGCAGGAUUUCAUCAGCGGCAAGGUGUUUCCGUGCGUGCAGGUGGCCACUUCUGGCUGGUCCGGGACAGUGGUCACGCAGGCGCAUGACAUUGCCCACAAGCUGCGCUCUGGGAACCUAUCCUCGCUGGAGGAUUUGAACAUGAAGAUGGGGUGUGCCGUAGCAGCAGGCCAGCUGAACAGCCAUCCUCUAGUUCAAGGCAUCCUGAUUGCGGCCUUGGAGCAGCAGAAGCGCCUUGAACACGGCGUGGAAUCCAUGAAAGGGCUCAAGGUGAGCGAGCUGGAACUGAGCCGCAUGAGUGAAGCAGGCGUGAUGCUGAGUGCAGCAGCUUGUAACAAGCACUUGCUGAAGGCUUUCGGCCUGGCGUGGGCGCUGCCUCACCUCCCAUUGGCAAGGUUGCAUGAGAAGGGCCUCCCUGAACCCUUCCUUUCGGUGGCUCAGGACAACAUUCUCUCAACAAAUGCAUCUAUCAUCUCUGACAUGCUCCAGUGCAAGACGCGCAACGAGGACAUCCAGGUCAACCCUCGAAGAUUGUCACUUGCCUUCGACAAGACAUACCUGAUCAAAGGCCUUGACAUAGUCCAGAUCAGGGUCGGAAAAGGUUACGUCGGCGCAGCGUUUGACAUCGCUUCGCUUGAGCUCAACCAGGGGCAAGGUGAUUCCAAGCAACUCUCUGGCUUCUUGCCACUACUUGGUCAAAAAGAUGAGAAAGACAUUCUCAAUGCACCUGGCUGGGAUCCGCCAGAAACAGAGCCAGUGCCGAUAGAGCUCGACGAGGGCGACAAUGCUCAGGAUGACAGUUGGGACGCUGCAAAGGUGGAUCUGGCCACAGAGGUUUGCGAGUUCUUGAUGUGGUGUCCAUCGCUGAAAGGCCUCCCAAAGAUGAGCGCUUGUUCAAUUCCCCUUUCCUAUGAAAUCGACAAGCUUCAGAUGCUGAGGCUUCUGGGCCAUGUGCUGGAGGAGGGAGGUGCGCACAUCCGCACGAUUGUCUUUGACAACCAGUCCAACCACAACUUGAUCAAGGCCAUGCUUUUGGGAAAGCCCAAUGUGCUGCCCAAGGAGGUGCUGGAAUCAUUGCCUUUUUGGAGCAGGUUGGAGUUUGUCAAUUUUCCAGAGACAUGCAUGCCCAAGUUUCCGUACAGCAGACCAUACAUCGGCGCAGAUGCCUUGCUCCCUGGCUGUCAUUAG